UUAGAUAUAGAAUGCUGUUCUUGAGAAGUUGUGUCCAAAGACGGGAUAAUACGCAACUUGCAGUGGAAGAAAUACUUGAGUGACUGCUACAAUAAUCACCGAGCUCAAGUCAACGCGACGGUCGACCUGACCUACCUUUCGAGCGCCUGAUGGAUUCAGAACUCCCUCGCGACUCUUACCAGCAAACAAACUUCGCAUUCCGUUGGCAAUCAGUCUAUCUACCCACUCUUCAAAUUCCCCUUCUUUUGCAAGUCUCACGGUUCUAAAUCUUCCUGACUCUGUUACCCCAGCCCCACCAUCUCCAACCAUGGCAACUAACGAUCUUCAGAUUCUCCAUCCAGACUCAGCCAGGGUUUACUUGAACUCUCGUGGCUUCGUCAAGAUCGAAAGAGUCGCUCAGAGCACCACCGAACCAGCGACCGACGUCCCUUGGUUAACGACUACUGGCCCGCCGACUGAAGAGAUCUAUCUUGCCAGAGUCACUGCCGGCAAUCUCGAAGAGCUUGCCACGGCUCUUCGAUGCCAACGAGACGGCGACACUCAGUUGUACGAAGUUACUAUCAGAGCUGUCCCCGCUAGCAGUUCCUCGUCGGUUGUCGCCCCCACGUCUUCUCAAACUCCCGAGUACUCGAUCAACAGUGCAGAACACUGCGAGAAUGAUGACUCUAUUGACAGCGAUGAGCUCCUCGUCACAAGCCUGCGGCAGGAGUUGCGUAAAAAGAAGAGGGCACAUAAAGCAACUUCCACUUCUCAAAGACAGCAGCACUCUCGCAGCUCUCACACCAUCUCUUUCCCUCCGCCUCAAGCUCUUGGGCCCAAGGCCAGCCCAAGCCUCUUCUUCCACUGGUCUCACGCUGAAGAUCAGAAAGCCCGCAGGCAAGCCAGAGCUGCUCGGAUCGCCGCCUUGGUGUUGCAGACUCAACGGCGGCGCAGAUCAAACAGAUCGCGACGUUGA